AAGAGAAUAUGGUGGACUUAGAGUUGAAGAAGAGUAGUAAUGCAAAGGAGCAUAAAAUCUCAUUGGAAUUACUUCCUAUACAAGUUCCUAAUAAAGAAGGAAAUGAGAGUCAUUACUUUCGGCCAAUGGAAAUGUUUAGUCGUUUGCAAAUCACCAUCCCAUUUUUAGAAGGUUUAGAGUUAAAGCCAAAAUGUGUCAAAUUCAUCAAGGAUAGGUUCUCACAGAAGAAGAAAUUAACGGAUAAGGAGGUUAUCACUCUUGAGGAGGGGACAAAACAAAUUAAGGAAGAGAGAUCGCGAGUUGAAGUGGUAAGAAUUAAGGAUGAAGAAACCACACAAGCAAACAUUAAAUACUUUUGGGGCUUCACAUUGGAAAUAAUAAGGGGACCUUUCUGGUGAAAGCUAGGAAGAAGCAAUUGAUAUGGCAAUGACCUUUGUGAGUCAACCCUCUCGGGCUUGUUCUGAAACAUUGAGGUCAAGGUUUAGUUCAAGUUUGGGGGUGGAUUUACCCUUUUGCAUUUUUCAAUUUUAUGGUUAUUAUUUGUUUGUUUUAUCCCCAGUUUAGAAUGAGUAGUUUCUACAGCAUAAUGAAAAGCUCGAGUGAAACAAUGAGAAUGCCAACAAUGGAGCAACAUGCAUGAAAGUGGUAGUGAGUGGAAAUUUUUGAAAAAUUAAUUUUUCCCUUUCUUUUUCAAUAAAAGUGACAAGGCAGGUAUGAUUUUUUGAACUCUGACUCUUAGUGUGUGCAUGAAACUUAGGUUUUUAAUAAAUACUAAUAGAAGUUCUUUAUGGUACACAAUUUUUGUUGGAUCGGCUUAGCCUUAACCAUUGUGAGGAAAGCAUUCCAUUGUUUACUAUAUGCAGGAGACCAUCGAUUACUUUCACAUGUUUGUAUUUUGCUAAACCGGUUGUCGCAUCGUAUUGUGAAAAUCUGUGAAAAUGACUUAGGCACUUGUUUGAAAUUGAGAGUUUCUUUUAGCCUAUUCCAUCUUAAAGCUUAUUUUUUUCAAUGAGAGUGUGAUCCUUUGCUAACCAUUCUUUGAGACAGAGGUCAAGAUAAAUAUCAUAAUAUGCACCAAGAAAAACGUCUGGUGAGUUCUUGACCUCAAUAAAAAGUUUUGUUCUGGACCAUCAACCAUAAAAUUUGGUGAUGUGUUUUCUCUUUUACCUUUAUAGAAAGUAGGGGAGCAUUCAUUGAAUCUGAAUACAGGUUGAUCUCUAAGUUGGGGAGAUUCAUAAUCAAAAUAAGAGUAAGUACAGGUGGUGUUUUGCAAAGAACAAAAGAAAUUCGUAGCUUGAGAAUAAAGAAAAACAAAAGAAAGACAAUGUUGGAACCUAACCAGUUGAAAAAAAAGAAGGAAAAUGUUGAAGAAAAGAAAAUAUCGAGCUACGAAGGAAAAGAUGAACGGGUAAGAAAGUUAAUGGCCUAGAGAAAAAGGAAUGAGUUGUGAUUAGGAUGCUUCCCUAGAAUAGGAACAACCUUUGAAUAUCUUCUUUUCUUUGAAUCUAAACCACAUUACAACCCUAUAAAGACCUUCCGAUUCUCAGAUUUCACAGGACAUGAUGCUAACAAUACGGUAAACGUAUGAUAUGAAUACUUGUUGAUUUAAUUGUUUGGAUGAGUGUUUAACCCCUCUUUUAUUCAUCAUACUUUCUGAUGAGAGUGAUUAGUGUUGAUUCAACUGCGGUUGUGUAGUGUUUUGAAC